CUACGUAGUCAAAUUUUCAGUAUAAAAGACCUGGACUCUAAUGUUUCUGUACACUACGACCAGUUGUAUCCAGUAGUACAAUCAUGUGGUCGCACGUUGUCCUUUUUUUCCUUGUGGGACUCGCCUUCGCCUCAAAUAACCCAGGAUGGACCGACAAUCAAGAAUACGUUUACAAAGUUCGCGGUAGAACUUUGACAGGACUUGCUGAGGUUGCCAACCAAUACGUAGGAAUCUUGUUCAAGGCUACCCUCAGAAUCCAACCCAGAAACGAUGGCCAACAAUUGCAAGCUUUGAUCACGAACCCAAAGUACGCUCAAAUCCACGACGUUUUGCCCGAUGCUUGGAAGACUCAAUUCCAAGACGAGGAAUUGAACUGGAAACCCCUUCCGAUGAAGGAAAGGCCUUUCCAAAUUCAAAUGAAAAAUGGCCUGAUCGACAAAAUCGUUGUCUGUAAGGACAUGAAAAACUGGGAAGCUAACAUGCUCAAAGGUAUCGUUAGCGUUUUCCAAAUCAACGUCAACGGUGAACGUGCUCUACCUAGGUCUCUGAACGUCUUGCCUUCUCCUGAAUCUAACGAUGCUAUCUUUAUGGCCAUGGAAGAUACUGUUUCUGGUGAAACCGAAACUUUGUACGAAAUUAGACCUGUUCCACAACAUCUUUUCGAUGAAACUGAAAAACACAAGAACUUCCAACAAUGGAAGAAAGACGGUGAGAUCAUCGAAGUCUACAAACACAAGAACUACACCAACGAAGAAGAACUUCCCGCAUUCAUAUUCGGAUUUGGUGACCAAAUUGAAGGUCUUAACCCAGCUGAAACUAGCUUGGGAGAUAUCAUCAGCCGAGACUCAACUGGCCGUGCCAUCCUUGUAGGAGAUUUGAGACGUCACGUCAUUGUUAACACUACUACCACGGAAACAAUUUACGUAAAACCUGCCGUUAUCGACAAACAAAAAGCUGCUAUCGUUAGCGUUAUCCGAGCUGACUUGGAAGAAAUCAAAUCGCAAAACGAGAAAAUCGAAAGUGUACCUCAACCUUUUGAAUUAGACAAUCUUGUCUACUCUUACGGAGAACCUUUUGAAACAAACGGCGAAGUUUAUCAAACGAAAAAAGCACAAAGAUCGCAAGGUAGAUCGCAAAACUACAACGAUGACGAUGAAGAAUACUCCAGGAUCAGGAACCGUCGUUCAUUGAGGAAAUCUUCAGACGACUACUCCUACUAUUUCACACUAGAUAAAAUCGAAACAAGUAAGGCUCCUCCAAGUCCCCUGUUAGCUUACUACACCGGACACCAAGGACAAUCCAUUAAAAAAGCUGGUGACCUCGUACACAGAGUUGUAAAACUUGCGAAACAAAUCGGCAAAGAUUUACAAAGCCAUCAAAAAGAAGACCAUGAAAAAACCUUGGACAGAUUCGUUAACCUUAACGAGUUGUGCCGUUUGAUGGACAAGGAUGAGUUUGAUCAAGCUACUCAACAACUGUACUCUAAAAACGCUAAAGGCGAAGAAAAAGCCGCAUGGGCUGCAUAUCGUGACGCUCUCGCCGAAACUGGAACUGGCCCGGCAUUUUUGUCCAUCGAAUCUUGGAUCGAAAGUGACAAAGUUGAAGGAGAUGACGCCGCUCAAUUGGUUUCAACCGUUGCUAAAAUCACUCACCACCCAACCCUUGAUUACAUGAAGAAGUUCUUCCAAUUUACCAAGAAAGAGAAGGUUUUACGUGAAUGGCCGCUCAACGACACAGCUCUAAUCAGUUACGCUCAUCUCAUUCGAAAGGUUUACGUCGACGAUGAAUUGAGUCGAAGCGAAUUGCCUGUACAUGCAUUCGGUCCAUUCGACAACGAAGAAGGUGAAAAAUUCAUCAAGGAGGAAGUCAUUCCUUACUACUCUGAAAUGUUGAAGAAAUCCAUCGAAAGAGCCGACACGCCCAAAAUCCACGCUUACAUUGCUACGCUCGGUAAAAUUGGCGCUCCUGAAGUUUUAUCUGCCUUCGAACCUUACUUGGAAGGAAACGAAAAAGCUUCCCAAUUCCAACGUUUAAUGAUGGUGCUGUCCCUUAGAGACUUAGUCGAAAUUGAACCAGAAAAAGCUUUCGCUGUUUUGUACAGAUUGUACCAAAACCCUGGCGAACACCCAACUGUAAGAAUUGCUUGCGUAUACUUCAUCAUGCGUACAAAACCCACAGCUGAAAUUCUCCAACUUAUGGCUCAAAGCACAAAAACCGAAAAGAACGAAUACGUUAAAGCCGCUGUGAAACACUCCAUUGAACAAAUUAGCGAACUUGAAGAUAGCGAAGAAUACGCUAAAAUCAUCCGCGCUGCCAAAAUCGCCAAAUCUCAUCUUACCAACGAACACUUCGGAGUCAACUACGGUGGAAACUACCUUCGUGCCUACGUUAUCGAAGAAUUGAACAAACACUUCAGAAUUACAACUCACUUGUACCCAGCUGCUGAUUCAUACCUCCCUAAAGGAAUUAUGUACUCUGUUCGAUCCAACAGCGCUGGUCUUCAUCGUAAAAACUAUAACGCCCGUGUUAUCCUAAGCAGCAUCGAUCAACUCAUUAACGUAGCAUUCAGACAAACCAAAGCCUACGACAGACAACAACAAGAGCAAAAAUCGAACGCCCAACAACAAGGUCAACAUCCCUGGUCUAGUCAACACAUUGCUGAACUUUUGAACAUGAAGGCCCAUGAACGCGAACAAUUGGAAGGUUUCUUAUCCUUGGAAAUUGGAGCUCCUCACAGGAUGUUUGGAUUUGACAACACUACCAUGAAACGUUUACCUAAAUUCGUUGAAGAAUUAGAAGCUCAAUUGAGAAACGGACAAAAAAUCGAACACUACAAAACCGUCGAUUCCGAUGGAUUGGUUGUAGCAGUCCCUACUGCUAUGGGUAUCCCAUGCGUCUACCAUUACACCAGUCCUAUGAUCAUCAAAGCUAAAGGUGAAGUGAUGGCUGUCGCCAAUCCUCAAUUAUCCCAGGGCAACAAGUUGCAAAGACCUCAACAAGUGAAAAUCGAUACUGAAAUGGAAGUUACAGUAACAGGAAAGACCAUUGGACGUUUGAUGUUUGUUGCUCCCUUCGAACAACAAAUUUACAUUAGUGGAUACGACAAACACUGGGAAUUCAAUUUACCCACACUUAAGGCCCAAAUGAAGAUUGAUUUACAAGAACAAGAAGUCCAAGUUGAAAUCCAACCCAAAGAAGAAAACAAGGUAAACAUGUUCCAUUACCACACAUGGCCAUACACUGCUAUGACUGAAGUUACCAGUGAUGAACCUCUUACCUCCCAAAGAAACAUGAAAUACAUUGAACCCGAAAACAUGCAAGAAUUCAAAACUGUUGUCGGUAAACAAUCAACUGGAAUCGCUCUUGAAGUAGCUAUCCGCCACGAAAGGAAAAACUUGAACGCCCAACUUAUUCGUAGAUUGUUCUCGUACAACGGAGCCUACGAUGCAUUGAGAGAACUUUGGGAUGAUGCAAGCAUUCAAAACAGUCAAAUUGAUAUCUCUUACCUUCCACAACAAUCCAUCAACAACAAAAUAGUACUUCGCUCUAAAUACAACCAUGAUUACGUCGAAAGUCCGGAACCCAGAGAAGGUAAAUGGGAAUUGAACGAAAAAGCAGAACCCGCACAACGUCAACAAGAACUCAUGAAAGUCGUCGCUGCUAAAAUCAACAACGUCGAUGUAUCAGCUUUGGACAACAUCGUCGAAUUCCAGGGACAGAGAAACAUUCAAUACUUGCUCACUGGCGCCCUAGCUAAGAGCAACGUCGAUCCCAAGGCACAUAUGAGAGUUUGUUUCAAGAGGAGCUCUCCCGACAACCAAGUCAAGGAUUACGAAAUGCACUUUGUAGCACACAGUGAAGCUGAGAACACCAACGGCAUGGACUUAGAGGAUUCCCUCCAAAGCCAACCGCAAAUGGACACUGAAAUUGAAGUUUCCUUUGGACAAUCCGAAGCUCCGCUUUCCAAAUUGAAGGCCAAAAUCCAACACAAGAGGAGCGAAGAACGUAAACGUUACUUGACAGAGUCUCACCUCUACAAACAAUGUUUAGCUGAAAUGGAACAAGGCGACAAAGCACUCAGCGCCUGCACGAAAAUCAACAUGAUCGCCAAUCUCUUGGACCGUGCUGACAUUAAAAUCAGAUACGAAAACUUGAGCCACGAACUUAAAGAAGACAUCCAAAUGGCAUUCGAUGCCGGACGUGUAUUGGCCCUUCCCAACGCUGAAAUCGAAUCUAAACAAACUCCAGCACAAGACAAAGAAGUGAUGGUCCACGUUAAAUUCCACGGUGAUCUCCAAUACUUCAACGCUACUAUCCAAACUAAGGACGAAGAAACCGCCCUCUACAACAUUCCUGUUGGUGAAUUGACCCAACAAGUUCUCGUCCCUCACCCGGUAUUCCCGGUUCCUGCUAGAGUUUUGAGCCAAAUAUUCGGUGCCGACACAUACAGAGACUUCUGUACCGUCGACCAAACCCAAAUCAACACAUUCAGCAACCGUACUUAUGAUGCCGAACUUUCGAAUAGAUGGACCGUAAUGGCUUUAUACGCUCCCAAACAAGCCCGUGAACAAGGCCAAGAACACGCUCAACUAUCUCUCAAGAAACAACUCCAAGAACAAGCCGAGAACUUCGUUGUAUUGGUACGAGAAAGCAAACAAUCGCAAGACAAAAAAGACGUUAAAAUCGUAGCCAGUGCUCCCCGAACCAAAUACCAAGUUGUCGAGAUUGAAUUGAAACCAGGUCAAGGCAGAAACGUCGAAGUUGCCGUUAAUGGAAAACCCGUUACCUUGAACAAAAAACAAAGCCAAGACAUCUUCAACGGAUACGUACAAAUGUACGCCCUUCCCAACGGAGAAGUCAAGGUUGAAAUUCAAAAGGCUUUCUACAUUCUCUUCGAUGGUGAACGUGUAAGAAUGACCACCGUCCACGACAAAUUUAAGGACGCCACCAGAGGUCUCUGCGGUCAAUACAACGACCAAGACGCUGAAGAUUUCCUCGCCCCACAAGAUUGCAUCGCCGCCGAAUCUAAGAAAUUCAUCAGAAGUUUCGAAGUCGAAGGUGAACAAGGUCAACAAAUCAGAAAACAAUUUGCCGGAGAAGACAACCAAUGUGUAGAAAUCGAGCCCGUAUUCGUCAAUGUAAUCACCAAAAACGAAAGGACCAGCGAUUACUUCGAAGAUGACGAGUCAAGGCACUUCAGUCAAUACAGCCAAAGCUCCACACACCACAAAUCAAACCGAUUCGAUGAAUCGAGCCAAUACGGUGACUCAGAAGAGACCAAGAACAACCCGAAACAUAACGCCAGAUGUUUGUUCAAACAAACCAGAUACGUCAAGCAAAAUGGCAAAAUCUGCUUCACCAUCGAGCCAGUAGUUUCCUGCAGGAGCCAAUGCCGUCCCAGGAACUUCACAACCAAGACUGUAGGAGUACAUUGUAUCAACAAGAGCAACGUAUCCGAUUUGUGGAAGAACCAAAUUGACAACGAAAACAGUCCCGACUUCAGCAGCAAAGAGCAACACAGAACCGUAGAGAUGUCUGUACCUCAAAGCUGCUCGGCAUAAUCGGCGUGACCUUUAACUGUAUUGAUUUAGAUUUUUAGAAGC